AAGAUGUUCAAUUUGUAUCAAAAUUGGGUUCGAAUAGUGAAGAAACUGUAGAAGAAGAACCUAAAAAAGUUUUUGAAAGACAUCGUGAUAACUUGGUUAAUAAGCUUAAAUCAUGUUGUUUGUGUAAAAAGAAAUGUAGUAAUAAAAUUUCAUUAGAUCUGUUACAAUCUUUAGCAUUAGAAAAUGCUUUUUAUCGUUUUCGUAGAUGGGUUCAAGAAAAACAAUCUAUGCUUCCCUCAUUUUAUGAAAAUACUGAUCAUUCACCUGUUAUUAAAUUACAAGAUGAUCUAGAGUUAAGUAAGAUUGUUAUUAAAAAACCAUCUAAAGAUGUAUGUGACAAAUAUACCUUAUUUAAACAUGCAUUAAAGGAAAGAAGUAAUGUAAAUGAAAACCUUAAUGACCAAUUUGCUACGCAUAUAUAUGAUUAUCGUGCUAUAAGAGAAGCAUAUAAAAAUGAUAUUCAAAUAGCAAAAAAGUUUGAUUGA